GAUUUGAAGGUAUAUUUUAAAGCUUAAGCACGCAAUUUCUUCAUUGCUUCAUGUUUUUUUUUCGUGAAUUUUUCGGGUAGUGAAAGUUUUUCGCUCCGUUCCGUUCGUUCGUUUCCAAUGCUUUUCACACACACACACGCACACACACGGCCAUAUACCGACGAAAUGUUCAAUGAAAGCGUUGAACAUUCGAUGCCUGGUGUUGCGGUCAAAAACGUGUGUUCACGUCUCAGUCCAAUACAGGCAAUACAAUAACACAAUGAAAAACGUCACGUCUCCCCAAUACAUUCAUAGCACCGAAGAAGAAGAAGAAGCAGCAGCAGUGUGUGUGCGUUUGUAUUGUGGCUUAUUGGUUAGGUAUUCAAUGAGCGCCACGAUCGCCGAAACUUUAUUACACUGUGUUAUAUAUUUUACCAAUUUUUUUUUUUCUGUUUCGUUGAAUGAGUGUGUCGACUUUUCUUUUAUGUGUACAACUUUCUCAUAUACAUGCCGAAAUAUUAGUGUGUUUAUUAGCAUAGUUCAAUGUUAUGAAAUACAUUUCUUUCUUUUUUUCAUUUUGCCAACACCGAUAAUUGCAUUCAUUUGACGGGAAAUUUCAUGUGGGAUAUACUGCUUUGCAUUGUGUGGUCAAAAUUUCAGUUUAGUUUUUGUUUGCUCCGAAAGUGAAUGAGUGAAUGAAAGAUAGAGAUUUAUAAUUCGUUUCGAGCUGUUAAACCGUAGUUAAUUGUAAAUGAUCAGCGAGCUAAGAGAUUUAGCAUUUUUUGGCUUGAGGUAGGUGGAGAUCUCGAAUUAUGAAUUAAUUUUGUUUGUUUGUUGAGUUUUUCUGGCGAAUGAAUUAUUGGUUUUGUUCAAAAGAAUGAUGAAUGAAAAUGAUUGUUCAUCAGGCUGACGUCGUUAAUUUUCUAUUGUGACGCGUCAUUUCGAUUGAAUCCAAGAGAGAAACGUUUCUUUUCCGAAACUUAGUUUCGUUCCAAUGUCGAGCACAUUCAUUAACAACGUUAUCAUUUUUCCCGUAAUACGGUCGCUGCUGCUGCGACUGCGGCUGUUUAUUUAUUUAUUUUCGGAAACUUUCAUUAAAAUCGCGUUGAAGUGAUACAGUGGCAGUGAAAAAUUUAUCUAGAUUGGCAUGUCUCUUCAUUAACUGAUUUCGUACUGUGCUAAUAAACAUUGCGAACAAACAAUGUUGUGGGCUGUUGCUGUUGCUGCUGGCAGAAGAAAUAGUUUGGAUGAAUUUAUGGAAUCACUCUUUGAAUCGAUUGUGAAGGGGAAAGUCAUUCCGAAAAUUUAACGUAUGCCAUUGCAUAUCGAACUUUGUGAACACAAUCGCUUGUUUGCAAAAAUUAUUCACGGAUUUCAUUCGGGCAUCAAUUCCAACGAGUCAAGCAUGCGUUAUUCUAUUGAAAUUAAUUCCAUGUGCGUCGUUGCUGAGUGAUGAACUCAACAUAUUUUUGUUUUGUUGAACAUUUCCAACAAAUAUAAAUUCCAAAAGGGAAGCUUGAGGAAUUAAUAGCCCAUUAGUAAUUGUGCAUGAAUAUGAUGAGGCUUCGAUUGAAUGUAUUAAUGAGAGUGAGCAAGAGAGAUAAAGAAACAAUAUCUAUCGACCGACGAAACAAUAAACGAAAUGGUUUACACUGAUUGGCCAAAAAUGGAUUAUGCUCAGUGAAAUUUCACCACGUUGUUGCCUUGGUUGUUAAAUAACAGUGAGAAAGUGAAUUGAAGCAUAAAUUUUGAGACAGAGAUAAACCAAACCAAACCACACGACGCCAAACCAAAUUACUCAUAAGCUGAAUGUUCAACGCAAUCGAUUCGACUGCACCUUAAUUUGUGCAGAUAACAUCUAUGACGUUGCAUUGACAGUAGGAAGGGACUAGUUAUACACAGAUUGAACGAGAAUGAACCGAGCGUGGCCAUUGCGACGUGUUCUCAAGUAUUCGGCCAUUGGCGGCAGUGUUGUGCUCACCGGAUUGAGUCUUCGUACCAACGACUAUGAUGUCAAUUCAGUGGGUAUUAUUCGAUUGUCACGUGCAGCACUUACUGUUUACGAUAUCGCCUGUUUGUACCGGAAUAAUUUGUAUAAAAAAGAAUGGGACAAAAAAUCGGCCGAAUACAAAGCGGAAAAGAGUCGAUCGCAUACAUUGGCCGCUGAAAAAUUGCUCAAAUUGAUUUGCAUCAAUAAAGGUGUUUACAUCAAGGUUGGCCAACACAUUGGUUCAUUAGACUACCUGUUACCUGCUGAAUUUGUGAGCACCAUGAAAGUGCUGCACAGUAAUGCACCAAAGAAUCCCAUUGAGGAUCUCUACAAAGUCAUUCGACAAGAUCUUAAAGUGAAUCCCGAAGAAUUGUUUGAGUCAUUUGAUGCGGAGCCACUUGGAACGGCAUCGUUGGCUCAAGUGCAUCGUGCCACACUGAAAAAUGGCCAAGAAGUCGCCGUCAAAGUGCAACAUCCGUAUGUGUUGGGCAACAGCAAUGUCGAUAUGAAAACAAUGGAAUAUUUGUGCAAAAUUAUGUCAAUCGUCUUCCCCGACUUCAAAAUGCAAUGGCUGGUUGAUGAAUCCAAGAAGAAUUUACCAAUUGAACUGGACUUUUUGAAUGAAGGGCGCAACGCUGAAAAGGUUGCCGAUAUGUUUAAAGACUAUAAAUGGCUCAAAGUGCCGAAAAUAUUUUGGGAUAUUUCAACGAAACGUGUUUUAGUGAUGGAAUAUGUAACUGGUGGCCAGGUUAAUGACUUGGAAUACAUUCACAAGAAUAAAAUCGACACAUUCGAUGUAGCCAAUAAGAUCGGUCAAUUGUACUCAAAUAUGAUUUUCAUCAACGGGUUCGUGCAUUCAGAUCCACAUCCGGGCAAUAUUUUGGUGCGAAAGACCAAAAAAGGUGACAACGAAAUCAUCCUACUAGAUCAUGGGCUUUAUGCAAACUUAACCGAUGAAUUCCGCUAUCAAUACUCAAAACUAUGGUUAAGCAUAUUGAAUGUGGAUCGCAAGGGGAUGCGUUUCCAUACGGGUAAAUUGGGUAUCAAAGGUGAUUUGUAUCCAUUGUUUGCAUGUAUGUUAACCGGGCGACCGUGGGAGAGUGUAAUCGCUGGCAUUGAUCGUAUCAAACCGAAUGCGGCCGAAAAGGAAUUGGUUCAAUCGAAUAGUACACUGGUGUUACCAUCAAUAUCCGAUAUUCUGGAGCAGGUUGAUCGUCAAAUGUUACUCAUUCUCAAGACGAACGAUUUGAUUCGUGGCAUCGAAACAACGCUUCAAACACAAUACCGGAUGACAUCAUUUUGGGUCAUGUCCAAAUGCUGCAUCGAAUCGGUGGCCCGACAAGAGAUUCACCAUUCCAAAACCUAUUGGCAACGAUUUGCGAAAAAUUUCCACAAAAACUGGACCAUAUUUAAGCUAAAUAUUUAUUAUUUAUACUUGGGUAUUAUCAAUUUUAAUUUAUUCUCAACGCUUCGCCAGCUGGUUUAGUCAAAUUUGUCCCUUUUUUUUCAUUCAUUUCGAACACUUGUUGAUCAAUUUGUCACAUAAAUUCGUUAUCCUUUUUUUUUAAACCGAUUUUCUAGUGUCUUUUCGAUUACCAUUUCUAUAACAUUUGUUGUUUUGAUGAGGUUAGUUGGAAAGAAGAGUAUUUUGUAUGGAGAAUGUGUUUUCUGAGUCAAAAUUUCUGACAGAACGCUGAAUAAAGGAAAAUGGAAAUUUACAAAA